AUGUCACAAACCGCAACAUCGAUCGAACUUGUGAGCUACCCAGAGACAUCGAUCCCAGCCCUCACAGCAAAACCAUUGGGCAAUGGAGGAAGCAAGGAUACGCCGUCGAUAGCGGAGGAUUUACGUCCCAUCAAUGUGGCCCAGGAAUCUUUCGCUGCUGAACAGCGAGAUGGUCCUGGCAAAGGAACGACGGCCAUCGUCUUGGUGACAGUUGUUUGUGUUACCAUGGUCAGCUCCAUGCUGUCGGGUGUCAUGACUGUCACUCUGCCUACGGUCGCACGAGAACUAGAGCUCGCACCUAGUGUACUCUUAUGGCCAAUCUCUAUCUACGCUUUGACCUGCGGCUGCACUCUACUCCUCCUCGGUUCCGUCGCCGACGUCGUUGGCUCCCGACCUAUGUAUUUGGUAGGAUGUCUUCUCCAAUCCGCCUUUACACUAGCAUGUGGAUUGGCGCAGACCGGAACACAGCUCAUUGUCUUCCGUGCCUUCGCCGGCGUAGCAAUCUCCUUCUGCCUCCCCUCGGCUGUCAGUAUCAUCACGAGCACGUUUCCAGAAGGCAAGAGCAGGAACAUUGCAUUCGCAUCCAUGGGCGGUGGCCAACCCAUAGGCUUCUCAUUCGGACUCGUGCUUGGGGGUAUCUUCGCUGAUACCAUCGGAUGGCGGUGGGGUUUCCACCUCAGUGCGAUCACUAACACGAUCGUCUUUGUUCUUGGGCUGUUCGGUCUGCCAAAAGUCGACAACAAGCAGCCGCAUGUCUGGUCUCGCCUGAAGAGUGAAAUUGACUGGGUCGGCAUCCUCUUUGGAAGCGCAUCAUUGGCGCUCCUAUCAUACUGUUUCGCUUUGAUCUCCGAAGAAACUGCUAGGAUCCGAGAGCCCACGACACUCGGUCUGCUCAUUACUGCGAUUGCUCUCAUCCCGGCAUUCAUUUUCUGGGUUGGCAGGCAGGAACGACUGGGCCGGCCCGCUAUCAUCCCGAAUUCACUCUGGCGCAACCGCAUCUUCAGCAUCAUCUGCAUCGGGGUCUUCAUCACAUGGGGAACUUUCAAUGCGGUGGAGUCGUACCACACGCUCUUCUUCCAGAACGUGCAGAAGCUAUCGGCAAUCCAGACGUCGAUCCGGUUCCUACCCGGACCAGUAGCCGGGGCUCUCGCCAAUCUGGUAAUGGGCCUGAUUGCUCACCGGAUCCCGCCUAGUGACAUCUGGACGCGCAACCAGGCCCAGGCCGAACGCACCCCCGGCGCCGCCUGCAUCCCGCGCCAUGAUCAUCACGUAGGUCCUGGUCUCGAACACCUCUCCACAACCAUCAAUGAGCCCGACCUACUAGCCGUCCCGUCACCCACCAUGCUCAGCGGACCCCCGAGGGCCAUCCCGCUCGUCUUCGUCUUCCUCGCCGCCGGCCUCGUGUGGUGGUAUCUCCACGCCAUCCCGUCAAUUCCAACAUGGAACUCCGGGAGCAGUGCUGCCCACGGCUACCGGCCCUCGCUGCGCGGUGACCCACUCGACUUUGGCCUGCCGCUGCGCUUCUCAGAGGCGCAGACGAAGCCGCCGGGCAGCAACUACACGUACAAGAUCAUCGUGCCCAAGACGCAGAAGGAGGACAUUAGCUGGAUGGACAAGGAGAUCCCCGAUGCGCCGCUGGUCGUGUACGAAGUCGACAACCCCAAUGCCGAGCACAAGAUCCCCAAGAACAAAGGGCGCGAGGCCAUGGUCUACCUCUCGUACAUCAUCGACCACUACGACGACCUCCCCGACACGUCCAUCUUCAUGCACGCCCACCGCCACGCCUGGCACAACAACCAGCUGCUCGGCCUCGACGCCGCGCAGAUGAUCCAGCGCCUCAACCACGAGCGCGUCGCCCGCAUGGGCUACAUGAACGUGCGCUGCCACCACGACCCGGGCUGCCCGGACUGGAUCCACAUGGACCGCCCCGGCGGCGACUUUGACUUCUUCCACAAGCCCGAGGAGAUCUACUGGCGGCGCAACAUCUGGGAGGAGAUCCACCCGGGCGCCCCGAUCCCGCCUUCCAUCUCGGGAAUCUGCUGCGCGCAAUUCGCCGUGUCGCGCCAGCGCAUCCAGGAAGUGCCUAUUGAGCGCUUUAUCCACUACCGCAAGUGGCUCCUUACAACGGGCAUGGACGACCAGUUCUCCGGCCGCAUCUUCGAAUACAUAUGGCACUACAUCUUCACCGGACAUGAAGUCCACUGCCCCGCUAUGAACACGUGUUACUGCGACGGCUACGGCAUCUGUUUCGGCGGCCAGAAGAAGUACGACGAGUACUUCAAGAAGCAGGAUGCGCGCAACGAGAAGUUUACCCAGCUGGAUAAGUUCAACAAGCGCGAGGAGGAGGCUAAGAAGGACGGCAAGGACCCCAAUUUCUCCAAAGAAGAGAUUGAGACUAUUAAUAAACUGAGGACGGAGAUUAGUGGUAUGGAUAGAGAGUUGGAUGCGCUGAGAGAGGACGCGAAGAAGAGGGGUGAUGAUCCUAAGGCGCGGAAGGAGGAGACGGAGAGUUGGGAUUCGUCGCAUAUCUGGGACUAUGCUCCGAAGAACGGUUAG